AUGACUGAAUACAAACUGGUCGUCGUCGGUGCUGGCGGCGUCGGUAAAAGUGCCUUAACAAUACAGUUAAUACAGAACCACUUUGUGGACGAGUAUGAUCCAACAAUUGAGGAUUCUUAUCGUAAACAAGUAGUAAUUGAUGGAGAAACGUGUCUACUUGAUAUUUUAGACACGGCGGGUCAAGAAGAAUAUAGUGCUAUGCGUGAUCAAUAUAUGAGAACCGGUGAAGGUUUUCUUCUUGUAUUUGCUAUUAAUAAUACCAAAUCAUUUGAAGAUAUCAGUAAUUACAGGGAACAGAUAAAACGAGUAAAAGAUGCGGAGGAUGUCCCAAUGGUUUUGGUAGGCAAUAAGUGUGAUCUACAAAGUAGAGCGAUAGAUGUUAAAGCAGCAUCUGAUUUAGCUAAACAAUAUGGUGUACCAUUUAUUGAGACAUCAGCUAAAACGAGACAAGGUGUUGAUGAAGCGUUUUACACUUUGGUUAGAGAAAUUAGGAAAGAUAAAGAACAAAGGUUGCGAGAAAAACGUAAAGCAAAACCAAGAAGGAAACGCAAGCACUGUUACCUCUUUUGA